AUGUCGCACCGGAAAACCCAUGCCCUGCUAAGAGAUGAACAAAAGGCCCUAAGGGAGCUGAAAGCGGACACCGAAAUAGUUAUUCUACCUGCUGACGAAGGCCGGUCAACCGUUAUCCUCGACAAGGUGGACUACCGACGCAAAGCCCUCCUGCUCCUCAACGAUCGAGAGUCCUACAAAGUCAGCGACGCCGCCAGUCAAAAGUCCCUAGUGGCAAAGGUUAACAGAACUCUGGCUCGACUAAAAAAGGACAAGGUCAUCACCGUCAAAGACUGGUAUAUGGCAAAGCCCGCAGAAACCGCUAUGGCGAGAUUCCAUGGUCUCCCAAAAGUACACAAGCCAGAUGUUCCCCUCCGUCCUAUCGUCUCGCUCCGAGGCACACCCACAUACGGGCUUGCAAGCUGGCUAUUUCAGAAGCUAAGAUUCCUAACUGCAGGCUCACAAACAACGGUGCACUCAGCAGAACAAUUCCUUGACAAAAUAAGGGCAGUCACGAUCGAACCGAAUGAAAGGAUGGUGUCUUUUGACGUCGUCUCACUCUUCACGUCCAUACCACAGACCCUUGCGGUCGAAACGCUCAGAGACCUGCUACGUCAAAAUUACGACGGAGGCGAUGGCCAGCCCACAGCUCAGGAUCUCAUAGAACUCAUGGGGAACUGCCUCAAGACAUUCUUUACCUUCGAAGGGACCACAUACGAGCAGAUCAAGGGCACUCCAAUGGGUUCACCAAUCUCCGGACUCAUUGCCGAGGCGGUUCUACAAAAACUCGAGAGACGACUAUUCGAGGAGUACAAACCCAAGUUUUGGGCACGCUACGUUGUUGAUACCUUCGUGAUCAUAGACCAGGAUAAAAUCAACUACUAUGCGGAAGUACUGAACUCAAUCAUGCCCGAUCUACAGUUCACGAUGGAAGAGGAAGUCGAGGACAAACUUCCAUUCUUGGAUGUUCUCGUCUGUCGCCAACCAAAUGGCGAACUAGCGACGUCGGUCUACAGAAAACCGACGAACACGCUGCAAAUUCUCAGCUACAACAGCAACCACCCGCCACAACACAAACGAAGCUGUGUCCGCACGCUGUACCGACGGGUAGAAACUCAUUGCAGCACGCCAGCCGCCAAACUGAAUGAGAUAAAGCUCCUCCGAGAACUUUUCAGAGCCAAUGGCUAUCCACGGGCAUUCAUUGAACGAAGCCGGAGGCAGCCAAAGAAACGGAACGAGGAGCACAGUCAGCCAAACUCGUGGCGGAGCAUUCCGUACAUUAAAGGGGUCUCCGAAGUCGUGGCUCGAUCACUCGCGCCACUCGGAAUAGGUGUUGCCCACAGGCCUGACUCAACAAUCCGCCGGCAAGUGAUGCGGCCGAAAGAUCCGAUCCCUAAGCAGGAGAUGUCGGCCGUUGUCUACCGACUCCAAUGCAGCUGCGGAAGUUUCGACUACGUUGGGAAACCGGCCGACGGCUGCAAACGCGAAUGCACGAGCAUAAGUUGGCCGUGCGAAGGUUGGACCCAAAGUCGGAGGUAG